AGCUCUCCACAUCUCACGACAAUUUGGCCCGUGACGCUGAUAGCUACCUUACCUUACCUCCCGCCUGGCAAGCAUCGUCCCCUGCACUUACAGCAGCUCAGCGAAGAUACAUUCAAUUCUGUACACACCCUCACUGCCACGAACAUCCAGAGUAUUGAGCAAACUUCUUCCCCGCCGCUACCCUAUUCAUCCACCGCACCCCGCAUCGCACCGCCGCGAUGGUCGACAACAACCAAGCGGACAACAACAGCAAUCCUACCCCAAAGAAAGUAGACAUACCCCCGCCGCUGCACCCAAUUGCCAAUGCCUCGUCGCCGCGGUCCCCGCCGUCGGCUCUCAAGAUGUCGUCCAGCCCGCACUCAGGCCACCGUGCGAGCUUUGCAGAGAACAUGCGCGGCAUGCCCGUCUCCCCUCGCGCCUCGCGGCAGCCGUCGCUCAGCCAGCAGGCGCUGCAAGAUCUGCUGAACAAUCCGCCGACAAAGGGUGGAGACCCGAAGUUUAUGGGACGCGAUUGGAAGACGGUCGGCGUGAGCGAGAUCGUGGAGGAGGGGCAGGUGCGGUUUGUGGAGUAUGAUACUAGCGUAGAGGAGGCCACCAACAUACUCGUUCAAACGGGCGCCCCGAACGUUGUGCUACUCCGCGAGAAUAAGGAGUCAAGGACUGCGACCGGAACCUUCGACUACAGCGACCUCAACGCAUACCUCCUCCUCGUCGUUGGCCUCGCACACCCGGAGGAGGGGGACAUAGCAUCCUUCGACGAGCUGGCGAAGAAGGGCCGCGAAGGAAAGCCGAUCCCCCUGAAAGACGUGAAAGACCUGGGGAAGAAGGAGCCGCUGAUUACGCUACCUGCUUCAGCAGACCUGACGAGAGCUAUGGAAGUGUUUGGCAGCGGAGUGCAUCGCUUGCUGGUGACGGAGGAGAACACGACGAGUGUGAUGGGUGUGCUCACCCAGUUGAGACUGGUGAAGUUCUUCUGGGAGAACAGGCAUAACUUUCCGGCUGUGGAUCAGCUGUAUCCGCAGCUGAUCAAGGAUCUGAAUAUUGGGACGCCCUCAGUGGUUGCUAUCAACGGCGACAAGCCUCUAGCUACGGCCCUCGAGCUCAUGAACAACGAGGGCAUAACCUCGCUCCCGGUUCUCGAUACUGGCAACAAUGUAAUCGGUAACAUCUCGCACGUCGACGUCCGACUCCUCACAAAAUCUACAUCUCUCCCCCUCCUCCGCUCUUCAUGCAUCCACUUCAUAUCUGUGAUCCUUUCCGAGCGUGGGGUUCACGACGGCAAAGACUCGUUCCCCGUCUUCCACGUAACCCCAUUCUCGACCCUCGCCCACACCGUCGCCAAACUCGUCGCCACCCGCUCGCACCGCAUGUGGGUAGUUGACACCCCUUCUCCAGCUUCCUCGGGCCCACCAACGCCUGCUUCGCAACCCGCUUCUAUCCUGGUCCCUCCGUCGCCGGUCACGCCUCUUCCGUCCACUGGACCAGCGGACAUGGCUUCGACGUCCCCAUCGCACCUCACCGGAGCGGCUGCGCCAGCAAUUUCCGCAUCUGCAAUCCCAGGUGCUAGUCUCUCCGGCAGAUUAAGCGGCGUCAUUAGUCUCACGGACAUUCUCAACCUAUUCGCCCGAGCAAGCGGGCUCAACCCACACGACCCAGACGAAGCGCGCCGCGCGCGGAGGCGUAGCAGCAGUUCGAGCAUGCGACGCAGCAUGGACAGCAGCCGGAGCGAGAGCACGGGUCGUUUCUCGGGUCGAAGGCCUAGUGUGACCGAGCGGGAUCCGAGGGGCUUGGGGAUUACGAGGGGAAGACCGGGAGGCAAUUAGGGACUACGUCCUGGGGAAGAACAUGGGUUCGGGAGCGAGAUGGCUUGAUUCGGGGACAAACGUGCGAGUGACGGGAGGAGGGAAAGAGGAAGGGGGGCUAUUGUAGAGGAACUGUGGCUUUCUUUGGCGUUUAUUUCAUGGGUGGUUAUAAGUAUUCACAGGCGCGGCGUUGGAGGGCGUUUCGUUCAUGCCGAUUUCUCGAUUGAGGCUCUUUCGAGAGUCUACAUUGGCUCGGGACACACUAAAAGUCCGGCGAGCCAGGCAUUGUUCUCCUACAUUUUCUCAUUGCGGUAAUUUUUUGACAGAGUUAUGGUUCCUAUCAAUUGAUAGACCGCUGGAAAAGCGAUCCAUUUUAGAUUCAUCCUUC